GGUUUUGGCGCCACCACCGUCAUGGCAUCGAACCCAAACUCGGUGCUCGUCAAGGCCAAGGCUCCGUGGUGGUCCCUUGGCUGGCUCGCGGCCAUUUCUGAGAAGUACGCUUUUCGCGACAAGAUCAACCGCGUCCUCGUCGUCAUCGCCUACGUCAUUGGUGUCCUCGUUGUCGUUCUUGUUGCCAUCGAUGCGAUCUGCAACAACUGGGCCAUCAUCGACUUUGUGGGUGACGGUAACGAGUUCAUUACGCCGGUUGCCAACACGGAAGGCGCGGCCGACCUCGUCGAAACCUACGCGUUCCGACACGGUGGAGACCUCGCGAGUCUUUCCAGCAUCGGUCUAUGGAUGACCAACUAUACGAUCGCGAACCUUGGCGCGCUCAACUCGGACAUUUACCUCCUCUCGACGUCGGAGUUUGAGAUUGAUGCGAGGAUCAACAUUUGCAGCCGCUUCUCGGGCAAUUACAGCGUCGACUUGGCUGCGAAAAAUCCGUUCAAGCUCGGCGUCGCGUUUGAUUUGAUUUCAUUUUUGCGCGGCAGCUCAAUUACCAUUGCCUUUACGGACGAAGCCACGUCCAACUUGGGCAAUCGCAGCAUGGGAAGCGCCGAGCUGCAGCGACGCGGGUACGCGGCCGCGCGCCUCGGCGCCGACGUCCGUCUCACGCAGUUUAUCAAGCUUGAAAACACAUCAAACGUACAAGUCCAAAUCGUGCCCGUGUGGGAAAUCUUUGCCAAGGGCUACUGCACCGGGUGCAUUCCGAUUGCCGAGCUCGGGCGAGGUAGUUGCAACUUUAGUAUGACGUAUACCGAUGCCAACAAGACGCUCAACGUGCUCGCGCGGCCGAUGCCUGGGUCGCUGCAUCGACAUGGCCUUCUCAUUCGCCAAAAUUCGUUCAGCACGGCGUCCCACUGGAUCAAAUUCAUUGCGCUCUUCUUCGCCGCCGGCGGGUACCUCGCGAGCCGCCGGACCGUUCAGUGGCUCGAGGUCGACCCGACAAAGCCGGACACGAUCUUUACACGGGCGCUGCAGACGGUCGUGCCCAAGUGCUUUCCGCAUCUGAGCCACGCACUGCGCUUUGAUAUGUUCUGCUACAACUCGGACUUGUUUGUGACGCUCUUUUGCAUCUCGAUCAUCCUCGACAUGCAGAGUUCGCUCAUUUUCAUCCGCGAAGUCAACGUGUACAACGCGAUCAAGCCGCAGUUCAUCAUGAGCGUCCGUCUCUUCUCAUUGAGUUUGCGUCUUCUCUGGCUCAAUUGCGGCAUUCUCAAGCUCUGCAAGAUUGGCUUGAGUGUCGUGAGCACGGCUACAUACUGCGGCGAGAGCCGCUUCAUGGGCUUCUUCAACUUGACGAGCGUCACAUCGCUGUAUCUGAGCGCGAUCUUGCUCUUUUACAUUCCCGAUUACAUCGAGUACAACAACAGCGUCCGCCAAGAUUUGUUUGGCAGUGUCGAGAACCUCGAUGGGACGCCCGUGAGCUUUUACGACAGCUUCUACUUUCGCGUGAGUUAUGCGAUUGUGAUUGGUUUGAUUGCCAACAUUCUCUUGAUCACGCUUCUGGACCAAGUGGUGAAUCGUCCGUUUUGGAAGCUCAUGGCGCGCAACAGCCUCGGUCGUCAAGCGCUCUUCAACAGCACGUCGAUCUUAUGCGACUAUAUUUCCGACGUCCGCGAAGACAAGAAACAUCGGGCAGCCAUCAUCAUCUGUAAGGCGCGACGUCUGAGCACGCUGCAGUGGUUCUUCAUGACGCACAUGUUUACAUUCGGGUUGCCCGAGAAGGAAUUGCGCGUCAAAGCCAAGUUCCAACCCACGACGCAAGGCACGACUGCGGCCGGGGAAACAGGACCAGGCAAAGAAAUGUGCAUGGUGGUCCAAGACGGCAACUGCCACAUUCACCUUCUCGACGACCAGCUCGCCGACGUCAAGAGCCUUGUGUACAACAUCAAGGUGCUCAAGGACACGACGGUCGUCAUCAAGUAGACAUGUACACUAGGACAAGAUGUCCAUUGCAUACUUUAUAUAUAAGCUACGAUAUAGCCUACGCUGCAUGUUCA